AGUGGGAUAAUCCGCAGUUCAAAAUAACUUCGUUGCAGUAAGUAUUAGUAUAUAAAGGAGAGAUUAUUUUGGUAUAUAGAGUGUAAGUAAAAUGCAUAGAAAAUGCCAAAAUUCUGGUGAUUCAUCCAAAUCAUCAUCUUCUGCCCACCUGCGUGACGUGACGAGCAGAAUGUUGUAGAAUAGAACGGCGAUACACUGCUAUUCUUCUACUGUGAUACGUCGAGAUGUAAAAAAAACCUUGCAUCCCUGUCAGCUGCUGUUAUGUUGUAAUCUUCUUAAUACGCCGUUUUUCGAUAUAACAAGUGUAAAAUCUGUUAGAUUCUAAAAUGUCGGAUUUAAGAAAGGAGUCAAGUUUGUAAAGAAAAUCCGACUUUCUUUGUAAACCAUUUCAGUUUUGUUGUGACUCGUUUUAAUUGAAGUUAAAAGCCUAUAAGGUUUUUGGAUUUUUCGAGUUUUUAUUUUUAGUUGGAGUUAGAUUUACUUAAAUAGAGAAUUUCUAACAUCACAGCAGAUAAGCUGAUGUACGUUUAUAGAAGUUUAGUAAUAAGGUAGAUUAAUGUUUCUUACGUCGUUUUUGUGAUUAUUAUUUCUACUGUCAACUGAAGCAGCAAUUUACAAUUAAAGUUAAGAUGGAAGAUUAUAAAUUUCUGUUUAAAGUCGUACUCGUUGGAAAUGCUGGGGUUGGCAAGACAUGUCUUGUUAGAAGGUUUACACAGGGCCUUUUUCCGCCGGGACAAGGUGCCACAAUUGGUGUAGAUUUCAUGAUCAAGACUGUUGAUAUAAAUGGGGAAAAGGUGAAAUUGCAGAUUUGGGAUACGGCUGGACAGGAAAGGUUUCGGUCAAUCACGCAAAGUUACUACCGGUCAGCUCACGCCCUCAUUUUGGUGUACGACGUUAGCUCCCAACCAACUUUCGACUGUCUUCCAGACUGGCUUAGGGAGAUUGAAGAGUAUGCAAAUACCAAAGUUCUCAGAGUUCUUGUUGGAAAUAAAACGGAUCGAGAAGACAGGGAAAUACCAACAUACGUCGGGGAAGACUUUGCCCAAAGAAACAAUAUGUACUUUAUGGAAACUUCGGCUAAAGAGGCGGAUAACGUUGAGAAACUCUUUAUGGAAAUUGCACACGCCUUGAUAGAACAAGCAAAGGUGAGAGAACCGGUGUCAGAGUACAAGGGAGGGGCUGGACCAGCCAUUCACGUGAAUAGUUCCAGAAAUAAUUCUGCCUCCAGUGAAAGCUGUUGUGGUCGCUUAUUAUGAUCAUUUCUCUGUUCGACACUCCCCAUUCCUCAUCUUUCGUAUGUACCUUACGCCAAGAAAAAUAAUCACCGGUGGUUCACCAAACAUUCAUAUCCGCCUUCUACACUGCAAUUUCAAUUAUUUAUCGUUUCUUAUUUCAAAUGUGGUUGUGGUGUAUUAGUGAAUCAUAUAUUUAGUCUGACUUGUUAUCAUUUAGGCAUAUAGUUUAUAAUAUCGAGUUGAUGUUGAAUUUAAUUGAGACUCUAGUUGGAAUUUAGAUUCAUAUGCAUUGUUUCCAGAUUUAUUAAAUGUUGUCAUUUCACUUUAGCUUUGAAUUCCAGCGUAACUGUGGUACAAAUAGUUUACAAAGUUGUUUACAAUGGUUUUGCUUGUUAUUUUCUCUCCACUUUACUUACUUUUACACCUUCUUGAAAUUUUAAAUAUCAAUCAAUCACUACAGUGUUUGAAAUAGCUGAGAAAUGUCAACUACUACUAAUUUAUUAUUGGAGAAGCAGCAGAAAGAAGAGAAGAAGCCUGCAGACAUUACCUAUUUACCACAAAAUGGUUACCAUUGCAGCUUGCAAUAAUAUUUAAGUAUUGGGAAACCCCCCACAAACCUCAGUAUUUCUAUUUUGAUACAAGACUAUCAUGCUAUUUGUAAUAAUGGUACCACAAAUUUCCAAGCUAAUUUAGUCCACCACAACUUAUGUAUAAUAUAAAUAACACUAAAUUUAGAAUUAUAGUCUACAUAUGCUAUACAUACUCCAUCCACUUCCAGGAAAACACUAUCAUAAUAAUGCUAUAAUAGUUAGUUGGAGUGAUUAAAAAAGCUAAAAAGGUGCAUAAUUCAUAAGUAUUACCAUGAUCAAUCAAUAAACACAGAUUUUCUGAUGCAAUGUAAUCGAA